AUUUAUAAUGAUUCGUCACGUCCACGCACCCUUCACGUUAACGUACUACAUAGACGAAUAUUUGACGAAGUUGCCGAAGCUGGUGCAGCUGUGGGAGGCGGAAGAGCGACCAAAGCCCACAUUCGUUGUAAUGAACACAGGAAACCACUGGAUGCGGUAUUUAGAAUCCACCUACCUGGAGAAGGGCGUGGAAACAGCUGGGAAAAUAUUCGAAAAACACCUGCAAAGUAUCGCACCUGUAAUUACCCGUCUCGCUCGCACAACACCUGUUAUCUUCAAAAUGCAAGAUGAUCUCCAGGUGGCUUAUAUCGAGGACCCAAAAGUGAAAUCCUUCACCGUCGACAACAUCCGCCAUUACAACGCCCUCUAUAAACAAACCCUGAAGAAUACCGGCGUCGUGUUUUGGGACAGCACGUUGCCUCUCUCCCGCGCAUACAACCAAGAAUGCCUCAGGAACCCAAGACACUUCAGGGACACGCUGUGGUGGAUGUGCAAGGAUGUGGUGCAUGUGGGGUAUAUUCUGGUGCGCCAGUAUGCGGAUAUGGUUCUCAAUGCUGCUUGUGGUCGAAGUAUGAGCGACUGCAGCUGAAACCGUCUCUUGCCUGACGUUUUCUACAGCCAGUAACCAUUUAUUAUCCUCUUACUUUA